UUGGUUAUUAGCUGUCAAUAUGCUGAGGCUGGCGUCUAUUUACUUACUUUGCCUCUUCAUCCACCUGGACUGCCAAGGAUCUUUGGCGGCUUGCCAGGACAAUGUCCAAAAGGUUUGUCUACUGAGCGAUCCUGCCAAUCAGUGUGCCUCAUACUGCCUGAGUGCAUUCGGAGCCAAAGUGGAUACGAUCCAACGGUCUCUGGACACCGAACUGCACUCCCAACUGGUCACUGCGAAAGAGGGCCUCGAGCGGAGGUUAAAUAUGACGAAGGAACAUCUUAUGGCUGCCAAUUCCGAGGCGGGAGACAAAUUUCAAGCCCUGCAGACCCAAAUGAAGAACCAGUACCAGGAAAUCGAGGAUUCUUUAAGGAAGACCAGCACUCAGGAAGAUCUCGGGGCAGCAGUGAAUCGCACGGAAGGCCAACUGCUGGCGGUGGGUGUCGACAUGAAGAGGCAACUGCUGGAUUUCAGGAGCAAAGUGGAGGAGCAGCACACUGAGCUCCAGGAAACGGCGAGCAGGACCGUCACAAAGGGCGACUUUGAGACGGAAAUGCAGGCGGUGCAGAUGAGGAUGUUUGAGCAAAUGCAGACACUUCAGUCGAAACUAUGCGGUCAGCAUAGGGAAAUCCAGGAUUCCCUAAGGCAGACCAACACCCAUGAGCAAUUCGAGGCGAGACUCAACCAGACGGAUGCCAAGCUGCAGUUGCUCCAAUCGAAAAUGGAGGACCACCAGGUGGCCAUACAGAACUGUCUGCAGGAGCUGUUGGCCAAAGUGGAGGGCCAGCAGGCGGCCUUCAAGGACAGCCUGCUGGAAACGCUCCAGACCAAAACCAAUGUGCAAAUUAUACCGCCCAAGUUUGAGCAAAUCGGCAGCAGGUUCUUUUACAUUGAACAGAAAGUGCAGCAGAAUUGGUUCGCCGCCUCGGCCACCUGUCGCCAAAUGGGUGGCCACCUGGCCGCCCUGCGAAACCAGGGCGAACUGAAAGCCCUCAAGGCCAAGCUGCCGCCCCAGAGUGUCCAAUGGCUGGGCAUCAACGAUCGCGAGGAGGAGGGCAAGUUCGUAUCGGAGGCCUCCGGCAACCCAGCCACGUUUCUAAAAUGGGCUGAGGAGGAACCCAACAACCUGAACAACAACGAGAACUGCGUGGCCCUGCUAAACGGCUCAAUGAACGAUGACAAUUGCCUGCUGCCACACCACUUCAUUUGCCAAGCAGGCAGCGAAGUCUAG